AUGGCCGAGUCAUGGAGCAUCGAAGAUGAGAAGCAACUGCAGGCCUUGAUGGCCAAGAAGGUGGUUGUUCAGAAUGGUGCCAAAGGGGGCGCGAUGAAUGAUGGUUCAAAGCGCCGCUAUGUGGAUGAAGAGUCAGUGGGAUCCAUGGACAACCCAUGGAUUGAAGUCACUGAGAAGAGCCACCUCAGGGUGGACUAUACCAGUGUGGAGCUGGACAUGCCGCCAGGCAUCAACAGCCUGGAACAAUGGGGUCGCACGGUGAUUUCCUUUGGCAAGUACGCCGAAGCCAAUGUCACCUACAAUGAGGUGCUGACGGACCCACAGUAUGCAGGAUAUCGGAAGUGGUGCAAGAGCCACCUGACAACCCAUACUGCUGGCAAGGUCGCCCUGGACUUUGUCAAGUAUCGGGAUGCCUAUGAAAAGAAGUCCAACAAGGACUCGGGACUUUUGAUUCCUGGAACGGAGGUGGAACGUCGCUUCAAGUGA